GUUGGUUUUGUAUUUUCAGUUAAUGCUGGUUUGAAUGCUUGCUAGCGUUAGCUUGGUCUCUGGACUGGCUUGCUGUCGCGCGCGUGUUGACGGAGCGAAUGAGCUGAAUAUUGGUUGUUGGCUGCUGGCUGCCAGACUUACAUAAUAACCGAAUGUGGUGUAUAAAACGCUGCACUGUGUCAGUUAGCGUAUCAUUUGCAGUUUAACAUUCAACGAUUUCACAGACCGGAAACGAGACACACAGACGGUCUGCAGCUCCUGGCGUAGUUACAAGAAAGCGUGAUUUGGAUUUUUUCAGCAGACGAAAUGGCCAAGUGGUUCAUAUUGAGCGUUCUGCUGUGCGCCGGUGGUGUUGUACAUAGCAAACCCACAUUUGGCAAGGAACACGUGCACAUUCGCAUCCAUCUGGCAGAGGAUCAUGGUCAUGGCGGUGGACAUGGUGGUGGCGGCUUUGGUGGUCAUGAGACCGUGAUUAUUGAUGGGGGCGGACAUGGUGGCGGACAUGGAGGCGGUCAUGGUGGCGGUCAUGGCGGCGGCGGAUACGGCGGUGGUGGUCAUGGACAUGGUGGGGGCGAUAUCAUUGGACCAUUGACUGGCGGUCUGUUGGGCGGUGGUUUUAUAAGUAGCGGACACGGUGGCGGUCACGAUCACGGACAUGGCGGUGGUCACGAUUACGGACAUGGCGGCGGAUUCGGCGGUGGAGGUGGUGGUCAUCAUGAGACCAUUAUUUUAGAUGCUGGCGGUCAUGACCAUGGUGGUGGCGGAGGUGGCGGCCACGGUGGCGGCCACGGUGGAGGCUAUAGUGCAGGUGGGCAUGGCGGCAGCGCUGAAACCCAUACACUUAUUAUCUCAGAUGCUGGCGGACACGGUGGUGGUGGUAGUGGUCAUGGUGGCAGCUAUGGUGGCGGUCAUGGUGGUGGCGCUGAAUCACAUACACUUAUCAUCUCAGACGCUGGUGGUCAUGGACACGGAGGUGGUGGUAGCGGCGGCUACGGUGGCGGGUAUAGUGCAGGUGGACAUGGCGGCGGUGGUGCUCAAGUAGAUACCUAUGCAAUUAUCAAGGAAUCCGGUGGUGGUUACAGCGCCGGCGGUCAUGGUGGACAUGGCGGUGGCUAUAGCUAUGGCGGUGAUCAUGGUGGCAGCAGUGGCGGGGACUCACAUUUGGCUAAAAUUGCAGCCAUAGCAACAUCUAGUGGUUCGCACAGCAGCGGCGGUGGUGGUUAUGGCGGCGGUGGCUAUGGCGACAGUAGUGGCGGUGACGCACAUUUGGCGAAAAUAGCAGCCAUAGCAGCAUCUAGUGGUUCGCACAGCAGCGGCGGUGGUGGUUAUGGCGGCGGUGGCUAUGGCGGCAGCGGAGGCGGUCAUGAUGACGCACACAUAGCGGCAGCCGCAGCUGCUGCCAGUUCAUCUUCACAUGGUAGCAGCGGCGGUUAUAGCAGCGGUGGCGGCUACAGCAGCGGUGGGGACUCACAUUCCAUCGCUAAUAUAGCUGCCGUAGCAGCUGCCAGCGACUCACACAGUGGUGGUGGUGGCGGCUAUGGCGGUGGCGGUUAUGACGGUGGUAGCAGCUACAGCAGCGGUGGUGGUUAUGGCGGUAGCAGCGGUGGCGGUCACCUCGAUACUGCUGUUAUUGCCGCAGCAGCUGGCUCACAUGGAGACGCAAGUGGCGGUAGCGGCGGCGGUGGUGGCUACAACUAUGCACCAGCAAGCGGUGGUGGUGGCUGGCAAUCGUCCGGUAGUGGUGGUUGGGCGGCCUCCGGCAGUGGCGGCGGUAGCGGUUGGUACAAACGAAAAUGAGCGUGUAUUGGGGCGCCACCAAAGUAUAGUUUCUUAAGAAAAUGCAUAAAUAUGUUUUCUAAUGUUGUUAUAGACGCACUUUAGAUUAGGCAUAUUUAUUCUAGUCCACCAAACCAGAGAGGCAGAGCAGUUGAGUAGCUUUCAUUGCAGAAACCAAGGCUGACACCAUUGUAAGGUCAAUAAGUUGCUCGCCGCCCAAAUCACCUCACGCCUUUCAUUUUACAUCGAAGUACAUGCAUAUUUAUAUAUACAUAUACAUACAUAUAUGUACCUAGUACGCUCAUCAUAAAUUAUGUUUGACAAUCAUUUUGUUAUAAAAAAUAUUUUUAUUUAAGUUGUUACCAUAUUUUUAAAGAAAAAAAUGUGCUAAAUUAAAUUAAUUUAUAUUAUUAAA